UCCUAGCAGACAUUUUCGAACCCGUCAGUUUCCCUCGCCACUGUUGCUUCUUGUAUGGGUCUAACAUAUUACUAGACCGUCCGUGGCACCGCAGUGGGUUUCUUCCUCGGCAGUUGCGUCAGUGCAAACUCGAUCGGUGAGUAGCAAAUUCACCUCACCGCCAAACCGUACUGACCAGAUGCCAGCACCCUUGGUGGGAAGUGUCAUAGCUACCUUUACCAGCUGGAGAGUCAUCUAUGCCGUCGAGGCUGGCAUGUCGAUGGUCGGUCUGAUUCUCGCUUACUUCUUCGUUCCAAGAGCGAGUGAAAUUGGGAACCCCAAAACAAUUGAGACCCCUCCACAGACCAAGAAAGAAAUCAUCGGGGCCUUUAACCCGAUGGUUGUCUUUUGCCAAUUCACCUACCCCAGGAUUCUUCUCGCCAACAUCGCCUGUGGAUUGUUGUCAUUCAACCAGUACGGCCUCCUCAGUUCUGUGCGACGCAUCAUCAAUCCUCGUUUUGGUCUCAGCUCUCCGCUGGAAAGCGGAUUGUUCUACUUGGCGCCGGGCGCUGGCUUUCUGAUCGGUAGCACGCUUGGGGGUAAGCUAUCUGAUCAGAUCGUGAAGGUGUACAUCCGGAAACGAAAUGGUCUUCGACUGCCAGAGGAUCGACUGAACAGCAGCCUUCCGGCCAUCCUUGUGGUGUUGCCUUUUGGUACCCUCCUUUAUGGAUGGAGUGUGAAAAAAGAAUUGGGUGGUAUGGCUUUGCCCGUAGUAGCAUCGUUCAUUCAGGGAGUUGGACUCAUGGCUUCAUUUAGCGCCCUAAACACCUAUGCAGCUGAAGCUCGACCUGCACACAGAACUGCAGUAAUAAGCGGUAAAUACGUUAUCCAGUACAGUUUCGCCGCUGGAAGUGUCGGUGGCGUCGUGCCGAUGAUCGACGGCAUCGGCGUAGGUUGGGCCGUUACAAUUUCGGCCGCGGCAGCAUUUAUUGCGGGCAUUAUGGUGUUUUUAAUUGCUCGAAUGAGCAAAAAUUGGAAGCAUUGAUACGACAAAGCAACAGAGCGAUGGACUUUUACGAUACACAAUUGGGCCGUUAUGAAAUCGGUUCUGUGCAUGGGUGGGCGACAAAAAUAGCAUGGCAACGGCGUUGGGGUUCUCUUGCAUACACGGAUGGAAAACUCGCUGGAUGGAUUGGGAAAAUAAAGUAAAGAUGAUAGAAUAAACCAUUAAAGUUAGACAUUUAGAUUGAUCCACGGUAAUAAUAAUUGUCAUCA